GCUGUCUUGGGCCGUCUUCCAUGCAUCACCGUGUAUAGAAGCAUUCAACAGUACCCCGAAGCAUAUACAUACAAUGGGAUUUGUCAUUGUUUGAAUUGAUGCCCCAGUAUAUUUUCAAGUUACAUCAAAGACAGAUGGCCAUUGCCAAUCCGAGCCAAGAUGUUCUUCUGACCAUGGCAAAAUCUGGUGUUGUCAAUCUGAUUGGUAGAGAGUGGUACUUUGUCAGAGUGCAUGACGCUUUUCAAGUCUGCCUUCAACAUGUACAGAGCUUAAAAGAAACAUCCAAGACACCAGACGAAGGAACAACCAGGGAAAAACCAAGUAUCUUUCGGAGGCUAUUGAAACAUAGAGCGGAACUCGAGCACUGAGUUGGAAUCUGGUGAUAGGAAUCCCAUGGCCUCGAAAGAUACAGACCCACAAUUGGAGCCACUGUUGCCGCAGAAGUCCUGAAAACGGUUGUUUUCCUGUUCUGCAAGGAUUGACUGAAAAUGGUUGGCUUCCUUUGUUGUGAGGGUGUUCUUACAUAUAAUAUUGAUUGUUCAUUUUUUUUCCUGCAUUUUUAGUAUAAGCAGGGCUUCUGGUGGUUAUAAACUUGCAAUUCAUCUUUUAUUUUAAUAGUUCUACUCAGUUUCCCCACCCAUCCCCAAGUCAGUGUGUA